UCAAUUAAGACCAAACAAGGAUGGAGACCAACGUUAGCUGCUGCCUUUUUUGGCACAUUUCUUUGUGGAUGUGGCUCUUCUCCCUAACUUCAACCAUGGGCAUGACCAGAGCAGAGACAAGGUGCAUUCCAUCUUGCAAACAACCUGACAACAAUUCGGCACAGUCGAAACACUGGGCUGGGAUGGGUCCGUUUGAAGAGACAGCAAAGGAGGGUCUAAUGAACGAGAGUGACCACAGCGACAAUAUUGCGGAAUAUAUCGACAGCGUGUAUGAAAUAAAUACAAGAUCAGUGACGGAAUUUCCAUCCGAUCAGCGAAACACUUCAAAUAAAACCGAUGAAAGAGAUAAGGACCAGAAGGAGAAACUUUCUAGUUCCGAAGUACUCAAUCAAUCUGAACAUUUAUCACGCCUUAAAAUGACGCAUUUGAAUGCCAGUAAAGUUAGUGAUCAGUACAGCAUUUAUACAAGAAAUAAGAGUUUAGGAGGAGCUAAGAUAAUCAAAUAUUCUGUAUUACCCCAAAGCAAGGUUGCGACGAGUUUCAGAAGUCGUAGGAGGCGAAGAAAACGCAGCACGCAGACACAAGAAAGCAGAGCAACUUGGUCCGGAUUUAGUUGGAACGCCGAUGAUGAUGCUUUAUCGUCGGGACAACACGAGCUGAAACUAACAAGUUCGACAUUCGCACUUACUGGGGAUUCAGCUCACAACCAAGCCAUGGUGCACUGGUCAGGUCAAAAUAGCAGCGUGAUCCUUAUGCUGACAAAGUACUUUGACUUCAGCACUGGUAGUGUAACAGAGAGUUCCCUAUGGAGGUCAACAGACUAUGGAACAACAUAUGAGAAACUUAAUGAAAAGGUUGGACCGAAAACGAUCCUAAGCUACUUGUAUGUGAGUCCCAAUAACAAAAGGAAGAUCAUGUUACUGACCGACCCAGAGGUAGAGAGCAGCUUGCUCAUUAGCCUGGAUGAGGGGGCAUCCUAUCAGAAGCACCACUUAGCCUUCGACGUUCUCAGCCUCCUCUUCCACCCUGAGCAGGAGGACUGGAUCCUGGCUUACAGCCACGACCGAAAGCUUUAUGUCUCAGUGGAGUUUGGGAGAAGAUGGCAGCUGGUGCAUGAGAAUGUGGUUCCCAACAGAUUCUAUUGGUCCAAAUUCGGUUUAGACAAAGAACCAGGCAUGAUCCACCUGGAGACCACUGUGUCUGAUGGACGCUCACAGUAUAUCAUGUGUAAGCUGCAGAACUGCUCAGAGGCAAACAAAAGCAAGCCUUUCCCUGGAUUUAUCAUCCCAGACUCCUUGGUGGUUCAGGAUGAGUAUGUUUUCAUCCAGGUGCCUAUCAGUGGCCAAUCAGUCCAUUACGUGUCAUACAAAAGAAAUGCUUUCUAUCCUGUGAAACUCCCCAAGUACACUUUACCAAAGGACUUGCAGAUCAUCAGCACAGAUGACAACCAGGUUGUGGCAGCAGUGCAGGACUGGCACCAGAAUGACUCAUACAAUUUGUACGUGUCAGACGCCAAGGGCCUCUUCUUCACUCUGGCCCUGGAGGACGUGGUGAGCAGUGGAGGACCAGAGGACAACGUCAUGAUCGAUCUCUAUGAGGUAGCGGGGAUUAAAGGGAUAUUCCUGUCAAACAAAGUGUUUGAAAACCAAGUGAAAACGUACAUCACCUACAACAAGGGACGAGACUGGCACCUUCUACAGGCUCCCACCACUGAUCUCCGUGGUAACCCAGUGGAUUGUGUACAGCCUUACUGUUCCUUGCACCUGCAUCUCCACGUCUCGGAAAACCCCUACACGUCUGGAAACAUAGUGAGCAAGGAGUCAGCGCCAGGAAUGAUUGUAGCAUCAGGUACAACUGGACCCGAGCUGACGUCCAAUAAUGUCAGCAUCUACAUCACAUCAGAUGCUGGGAACACAUGGAGAGAGGUGUUUGAGGAGGAGUACAGUGUUCUCUUUCUCAACCAGGGAGGGGCACUCGUGGCCAUUCGCCACACUCCUCUCCCUGUCAGGCACAUCUGGCUAAGUUUCGAUGAGGGGAGGGAAUGGAACAGAUACAGCUUCACCUCCUCGCCCCUGUACGUGGAUGGCGUGUUGGGAGAGCCAGGAGAGGACUCGCUUAUUAUGACAAUAUUUGGCCAUUUCAGCCAUCGUUCUGAGUGGCAGCUGGUCAAAAUUGACUUCAGGUCCAUCUUUAUUAGAAGAUGUUCCAAUGAGGACUACAAGACAUGGCAGUUACAUAACAAGGGUGAAGUGUGCAUAAUGGGGGAGAAGAGAAUCUUCCAGAGUCUGAAGGCCAAUGCCAGAUGUGUCAAAACCAGAGAUCAGUACAUCUCCCACAUGUCAGACUCCUGCCCGUGCACCGAGGCUGACUUUGAGUGUGACUACGGGUUUGAACGACAGACUGAUGGUGGGUGUAGACCAGCCUUCUGGUUCGUUCCGUCCUCCGUGUCUAGAGACUGUAUCAAUGGAGACAGUUUCCUCAAUACCACUGGAUACCGUAGGGCUGUUUCAAAUAACUGCACGGAGGGCAGUUUGGGUCAGUACAGUCCACGGAGGCAGAGAUGUCCCAGCCAGGCCCCCAGAGGCCUCCAGCUGGUCACCAGCGAUGGGACCUUCACUGCCACCAUGGGCACCAACAUCACCUUCCUUGUUCUCCUGGAACAGGGAGAUGGCUCCGCCACCAGUAUAACUUUGGACUUUGGAGAUGGUACUGCCAUUUCCUACACUAACAUCAGCUCCAUAGAGGACGGGAUCAAACACAUCUACAGUAAAGUAGGAAUCUACCUGGUGUCAGCUGCAGCCCUCAACUUUCUGGGCUCAGACAGAGUACUGCUCUACCUGCAUGUCACAUGUCGACUCGAACAAGUGCGUCUCUCGGCUCCCUCUGUGGUGGUCAAGAACAAGGCAGUGAACCUCACCACAGUCCUGAUGCCCAGCCAGGUCGGAACUGUCAUCUACUACUGGUGGUUCGAUAACAACACUGAGCCGGUAACGACACUAGCAGGAGGGGUGUCCUUCACCUUCACCCAGGAGGGAACUCAUACCAUCACAGUGCAGGUCUCUGUUGGCAGCACUCUCCUCCAGGACAGAAGAACUGUAGCUGUUUAUGAACAUUUCCAGUCUCAUGUCCUAGCCUUCUCCUCUAACGUGGAUGAGCUCAACCCAGGCGUGGCAGAGUGGAGACAGGACAUCAGCCGAGUGGUCAAGAACACCAUGGUCCAAGUCACAGGUAUUCGAGGGGAGCAACUCCUGGUGUCUGUUUUCCCAGGUUUGCCUACGACAGCAGAGUUUUUCAUCAUUCCCGAAAAGAGGUCAACGGCAGGCACACAGGAAGGGAAAGGGACACACUUAGACCAGCUCUCUGAAGUCCUGCUAAGUGCUCUGAACCAGGACCUCAUCCGGUUCACUCUGAGACCAGGGGUUCAGGUCAACGUGUACGCCACUCGCCUAUCUCCAGCCCCUCUGGUGGACACCAGUGACAGCAGCCACAACGGAGCUGCAGUCAUCAUGCUGGUGUCUGUCGCAUUACUGGGCUUGGCACUCUUCGGAAUAUAUAAGUUCAAAAGAAAGAUCCCAGGCAUCCCUACGUACACGGAGGAGCAGUCUGAGAAGGACCAGGAGGUCAUCCCCACCGUGACUUCCAUAGCGGUUCCCAACCCUGAGGGAGAAAUGGGGGCGACUGCGAUGGAGCACGCGGACAUCCAGGCAGAGCCACAAGGCAGAGGCUACCUGCCAUCUCACCCAGACAUCAAGCUCUCUGAUGAAGCGCCCCAUGUGUUUUAACGUUGGGAAUCUUCAGCCGAGUUGUAAGCAAUACAUCUUCUUUGGCAGUUUCUUCCAGCGAGCUAUGAAACCAUGGACUCAAUGAAUGGUCUCGAGUGUUUUUCUACCCACGCAUGGACAGACCAGUUCACACUGUGCUGCCCGGACUCUCCCAAGGAGACUUGACGCAUUUUUACUUGUUCCUGGAAAUAAGGUGUUUUCGAUUGAAAUACUUGUAUUUUUUGCAAGGGUGUUCCUUGAGACCUCUUUUUCAUGGUUUUUCUUUUUCCUCUUUUUCACCAUUUUAAAUGGUGUAAUUACGACAUGGUUUAUUUCAGAGUGUGGCUCAGCUGUUGACCGUGGUGUUUCUUAACAGAAGUAUGAAAACAAAAAAAUAUAUUUGCUCAUUUUCUGUCCAGUUGUUCCUGAGAAAGUGCUCAGGAAGAGCACUAGGUAUGUGCACUCAGACUUGGCCCCAUUGAAAUACCAUUUACCAUGAGGAAACAGCAAAAGAGGAAUUUAUAAAUACUUUUGAAUUAUUAUUAUCAGUAUGUUUUCUACAAUCAGUGAAAAUCAUCAGUGAACAUGGUCAUAUAGUGAAAGCUUGCUUCAUGCAGUAGUCUAACGGGUGCACUAGUCUGAUCACAGAUAUCUGCAGUGUUCUCCGUCAUCCAAACUCCCUGCUGUUGCAACACCAACUAUGACAGGUUGGUCUGAGGGGUUGGAUGCGGAGCAUCCUCAAGCUGUGCCAUGCCGGGAGAGUUUUGGGGCCAUCGUCUGAUUACAAGGGACAGAUCUGCAUGCUAUCCUAUCGUCAGAGCUACUUCUCAGAAGCCUGAGAAGGAAAGUCAUCUUCAUACUGGAUAUUCUGUACUAUGAUAUCACUCUCUUUGAAUUCUGUUAACACGUUGGGCCAGUCUAGUCCAUCACCGGAGACUGGUGUCUGGUGCUCUCCCUUUGCCUCCAAGGACUAAUGGGAACCCUCUGUGGACGCUACAUAACCUUGUCACAGGCCGGCAGAGACAGACACACGGCAGACAUCUCCCUUGGCGACUGGAUACCGCCUAGCAACAGCACCAUGGCAGAUUUGGGAUUGUCUACCGUCCCUUUGGGAGAAGCACAAAAGUUCUUCGUCAAACUGACUUAAGUGGUGUCAGCAUCACAUGCCAGUUAGAUACAUUUACUACAAGUUGCCCCACUCCUCUAUACUUCUGGGGUUGAAAGGGAAGCAGAAAUAAACGCACUCCUUUUCUGAGGACUGCCGUAGCAGUCUCUCAAGAUCGACGUCGGAACAUCUCUUUUUAUUCAAUGCUUGUUAUUUCUCGAGAACAUUUGGUUGUGCUUUGUAGAGCAACGUGUAAACUGUACAUAUUUAUUUGCAUGGUAUUUGCUUUGCUCCUUUUAAAUACAGUACAGUAUUUACAGCGUGGCUUAAAAAAUAAACUGCGGGACUUGCAGGACAUUUUAUCCAUCCUUUAAACGUGAUUUUCCAGUCAGUCCUUUAAUGAGGGAGCUUAUUAGUUUUU